AUGGUUUCUUUCAAGUCUCUCCUCCUCGCCGCCACGGCCGUGACCUCUGCUCUUGGUCGUCCUUUCGACUUUCUCGACCAGGACAACGGCAACUCGACCGACGCUCUCGAGAGGCGCCAGAUCACCCCCAACAGUGAAGGCACCCACAACGGCUACUUUUACUCUUGGUGGUCCGAUGGUGGCGGCCAGGCUACCUACACCAUGCUCGAGGGCAGCCGUUACCAAGUGAGCUGGAGAAACACUGGCAACUUUGUUGGCGGCAAGGGAUGGAACCCGGGCAACGGCCGCACCAUCAACUAUGGCGGUUCCUUCAACCCCCAGGGCAACGGAUACCUCGCCGUCUACGGCUGGACUCGCAACCCUCUCGUCGAGUACUACGUGAUCGAAUCCUACGGCACCUACAACCCCAGCAGCGGCGCCCAGUACAAGGGCAGCGUCCAGACCGACGGGGGCACCUACAACAUUUAUGUUUCCACCCGCUACAACCAGCCCUCCAUCGACGGCACCAGGACUUUCCAGCAGUACUGGAGCGUACGCACCUCGAAGCGUGUCGGUGGCUCCGUCAACAUGCAAAACCACUUUAACGCCUGGGCCAGAUAUGGCAUGAACCUCGGCCAGCACUACUACCAGAUUGUCGCCACCGAGGGCUACCAGAGCAGCGGCAACUCUGACAUUUAUGUCCAGACACACUAGUGGCGGUGGUCAAUGAUGGGGGA